UCUUCACACGAAGGCUCAUAUAAAUGCAGAUUAUUGCAUCCGUUACGUUAAAUAUGAGUUUUCGUUUAGAUUUAAUUUUAAUUAUUUUACUACUACGCACAAUUGCUGUUUUUAAAUGUGAGAUUGCUCCUAGAUCGACAGUUACUGGAAUACCUGACUUAUCGUCCAUAGGCGGAGGCAGUACCCAUGGGGGUCUAAGUUAUGGUGGGCACAGUUCUAACGGUAGAUCGUAUCGAUGGUCCUCUAGCCAAGGUGGAGGUCAUAGCGGUUCGAGUUCUGGUGGAUCAUCGAUGGGUUUCGGAUCGGGAGGUCAAGGUGGGAUGACUUCUAAUGGGGGCUCCUAUCGAUGGUCCUCUAGCCAAGGUGGAGGUCAUAGCGGUUCGAGUUCUGGUGGAUCAUCCAUGGGUUUCGGAUCGGGAGGUCAAGGUGGAUUGAGUUCUAGUGGAGGCUCCUAUCGAUGGUCCUCUAGCCAAGGUGGAGGUCAUAGCGGUUUGAGUUCUGGUGGAGCAUCUAUGGGUCUCGGAUCGGGAGGUCUAAGUGGAUUGAGUUCUAGUGGAGGCUCCUAUCGAUGGUCCUCUAGCCAAGGUGGAGGUCAUAGCGGUUUGAGUUCUGGUGGAGCAUCUAUGGGUCUCGGAUCGGGAGGUCAAAGUGGAUUGAGUUCUAGUGGAGGCUCCUAUCGAUGGUCCUCUAGCCAAGGUGGAGGUCAUAGCGGUUUGAGUUCUGGUGGAGCAUCUAUGGGUCUCGGAUCGGGAGGUCAAAGUGGAUUGAGUUCUAGUGGAGGCUCCUAUCGAUGGUCCUCUAGCCAAGGUGGAGGUCAUAGCGGUUUGAGUUCUGGUGGAGCAUCUAUGGGUCUCGGAUCGGGAGGUCAAAGUGGAUUGAGUUCUAGUGGAGGCUCCUAUCGAUGGUCCUCUAGCCAAGGUGGAGGUCAUAGCGGUUUGAGUUCUGGUGGAGCAUCUAUGGGUCUCGGAUCGGGAGGUCAAAGUGGAUUGAGUUCUAGUGGAGGCUCCUAUCGAUGGUCCUCUAGCCAAGGUGGAGGUCAUAGCGGUUUGAGUUCUGGUGGAGCAUCUAUGGGUCUCGGAUCGGGAGGUCUAGGUGGAAUAAGCUCUAGUAGUGGUUCUUCUGGUAUGACGAUGAGCCAUGGUGGCAUGAAUUCUGGUGGAACAUCGGCAAGUCUCGGAGGAGGAGCUCGAGGUGGGAUGAGCUCUAGAGGUGGUUCUUCUGGGAUGUCGAUGGGACACGGUGGACAUGGUGGUGGGCAUGGUGGCAUGAGUUCUGGUGGAGCAUCGGCAAGUCUCGGAGGAGGAGCUCGAGGUGGGAUGAGCUCUAGAGGUGGUUCUUCUGGGAUGUCGAUGGGACACGGUGGACAUGGUGGUGGGCAUGGUGGCAUGAGUUCUGGUGGAGCAUCGGCAAGUCUCGGAGGAGGAGCUCGAGGUGGGAUGAGCUCUAGUGGUGGUUCUUCUGGGAUGUCGAUGGGACAUGGUGGACAUGGUGGUGGACAUGGUGGCAUGAAUUCUGGUGGAGCAUCGAUGGGUCUCGGAGGAGGAGCUCGAGGUGGUUGGUAG